GCAGUGUGAUGUUCAGGGUCAGAAAUGCCUUAUGUGGAUCGUCAGAAUCGCAUUUGUGGUUUCCUAGAUAUUGAGGAAAAUGAGAAUAGUGGGAAAUUUCUGCGGCGGUACUUCAUUUUGGACACACGAGAAGACAGUCUGGUGUGGUACAUGGAUAACCCACAGAAUCUUCCCUCUGGAUCUCCACCUGUGGGAGUCAUUAAACUUACCUAUAUUUCGAAGGUUAGCGAUGCAACGAAGCUGAGGCCAAAGGCAGAAUUCUGUUUUGUUAUGAAUGCAGGGAUGAGGAAGUACUUCCUACAAGCCAAUGAUCAGCAGGACCUAGUUGAAUGGGUAAAUGUUCUGAACAAAGCUACCAAAAUCACAGUACCAAAGCAGUCUGAUCCUCUGUGUCAAAUGGAUAAUGCAAACCGUCAAGCUGAAAGCCCAGGUGGAAAGAAGCAAGUGUCUUACAGGACAGAAAUCGUUGGUGGUGUUCCUAUAAUUACACCUACCCAGAAAGAAGAAAGCAGUGAGUGCAGUGAAGGGGCUGAUAGGAAUUAUUUGAAACGAUCACAAAGUCACCUUCCUUAUUUCACUGCUAAGCAUCCCCCAGAUAAUGCUAUUAUCAAAGCUGGCUACUGUGUAAAACAAGGAGCAGUGAUGAAGAACUGGAAGAGAAGAUACUUUCAGUUAGAUGAAAACACAAUAGGAUAUUUCAAAUCUGAACUGGAAAAGGAACCUCUCAGGGUUAUACCACUUAAGGAGGUCCAUAAAGUUCAGGAAUGCAAACAAAGUGAUAUAAUGAUGAGAGACAAUCUCUUUGAAAUUGUAACAACUUCUCGAACCUUUUAUGUACAGGCGGACAGCCCAGAAGACAUGCACAGUUGGAUAAAAGCAAUUUCUGGGGCCAUUGUAGCACAGCGGGGACCUGGAAGAUCAGCAGCUUCCGAGCAUACCGAGUCUUCUUCCGAACCCAACCAUGCUCUCCGUUCUGCCGUCCCAGCCCCAGCCACCUCACAUUCCACAGCCUCUCACAGCAGCCCUCUGGUCCCAAACCCUCACACCAAAUACCCUGCCUUGGAGAAGCGAGGAUUUCACGAAUCUUUUACCAAGGCCAGGCCAGGGAGCUACAAGAUCCAGGUUGUCACUCCAAGAGAAUCAGCUUCCAAAGUGACUGAACGGGGCCUCUCGGAACCCCAGAGUAAAAAUGGCACUCAGGAACAGGAUCCUGGCCUUGUGGAUCUGGAUGAUGCAAGCCUUCCAGUUAGUGAUGUGUAGUGUUGGAAGUGUUUGGAGAAAGAUCCAUUCGUUUGGUCCUCUAAUUUCCUUGCUCGGACUUUUAACCAAAGAAAAUUAUAGGAAAUGAGAACAAAAAA